GUCCAGGAUCUAAGGCGAGGGGGGCGGGCGCGGGUGAGUCAGCUGGUGUCCUCCCAGGACUCUAAUCGUCACUAAGAAAGGCUUUGCUGAUGACAGUGUUUGUGGGGAGUCCGUAUGCCUGGGGACAGGCCACUCGUCCAGGACAGGCCGCUGGACACCAUGAGCCUCAGCGAGGAACAGGUGAAGCAAUACCUGGACCAGAACCCUGGCUUUGCGGACCAGUACUUCGGGAGGAAGCUGAGCCCCGAGAAGGUGGCCCAGGCCUGGGAGGACGGGCUCCCGGCCGAGGCCGCCAGCUUCCGGGAGCUGUGCCAGGUGGAGGAGGGCGUGGCGCUGUUCGAGCUGGUGCGGGACAUGCAGGAGAACGUGAACAUGGAGCGCGUGCUGUUCAAGAUCCUGCGCCGCCUCGGCCCCCUGCUGCGCGCCGACUGCUGCAGCCUCUUCAUGCACCGCCAGCGCAACGGCGCAGCCGAGCUGGCCACGCGCCUCUUCAGCGUGCAGCCGGACAGCGCCCUGGAGGACUGCCUGGUGCCGCCCGACUCCGAGAUCGUCUUCCCGCUGGACAUCGGGGUGGUGGGCCACGUGGCCCAGACCAAGAAGACGGUGAACGUCAAGGACGUGACCGAGAAUGCCCACUUCAGCUCCUUUGCUGACGAGCUGACCGGCUACGUGACGAGGAACAUCCUGGCCACGCCCGUCAUGAACGGCAAGGACGUGGUGGCCGUGGUCAUGGCCGUGAACAAGCUGGACGGCCCGUGCUUCACCAGCGAAGACGAGGACGUUUUCCUGAAGUACCUGAACUUCGGCACAUUGAACCUGAAGAUCUACCACCUGAGCUACCUGCACAGCUGCGAGACUCGCCGCGGCCAGGUGCUGCUGUGGUCGGCCAACAAGGUGUUCGAGGAGCUCACAGACAUCGAGAGGCAGUUUCACAAGGCCUUCUACACGGUGCGGGCCUAUCUGAACUGUGACCGGUACUCGGUGGGCCUCCUGGACAUGACCAAGGAGAAGGAAUUCUUUGAUGUGUGGCCUGUUCUGAUGGGAGAAGCCCAGCCGUACUCGGGCCCACGCACGCCCGACGGCCGCGAAGUUCUCUUCUACAAGGUCAUCGACUACAUUCUUCACGGCAAGGAGGACAUCAAGGUCAUCCCCACACCUCCGGCCGACCACUGGGCCCUGGCCAGCGGCCUCCCAACCUACGUGGCAGAAAGCGGCUUUAUCUGUAACAUCAUGAACGCCCCUGCAGACGAAAUGUUCCAAUUCCAGAAAGGCCCCCUGGAUGACUCUGGGUGGGUCAUCAAGAAUGUCCUGUCCAUGCCCAUCGUCAACAAAAAGGAGGAGAUUGUGGGGGUCGCCACGUUUUACAACAGGAAAGACGGGAAGCCUUUCGAUGAGCAGGACGAAGUCCUCAUGGAGUCCCUCACGCAGUUCCUGGGCUGGUCGGUGCUGAACACCGACACCCACGACAAGAUGAACAAGCUGGAGAACCGCAAGGACAUCGCCCAGGACAUGGUGCUGUACCAUGUGAGAUGCGACAAGGAAGAGAUCCAACUGAUCCUGCCCACGCGAGAACACCUGGGGAAGGAGCCCGCUGACUGUGAGGAGGAGGAGCUGAGGGGAAUCUUGAAGGAAGUGCUGCCAGGGCCCACCAAGUUCGACAUCUACGAGUUCCACUUCUCUGACCUGGAGUGCACGGAGCUCGAGCUGGUCAAGUGCGGCAUCCAGAUGUACUACGAGCUGGGCGUGGUCAGGAAGUUCCAGGUGCCCCAGGAGGUCCUGGUGCGGUUCCUGUUCUCCGUGAGCAAAGGGUACCGGAGGAUCACCUACCACAACUGGCGCCACGGCUUCAACGUGGCCCAGACGAUGUUCACGCUGCUCACGACGGGGAAGCUGAAGAGCUACUACACGGACCUGGAGGCCUUCGCCAUGGUGACGGCCGGCCUGUGCCACGACAUCGACCACAGGGGCACCAACAACCUGUACCAGAUGAAGUCCCAGAACCCCUUAGCCAAACUGCACGGCUCCUCGAUUCUGGAGCGACACCACCUGGAGUUCGGGAAGUUCCUGCUGGCGGAGGAGAGCCUCAACAUCUACCAGAACCUGAACCGGCGGCAGCACGAGCACGUGAUCCGCCUCAUGGACAUCGCCAUCAUCGCCACGGACCUGGCGCUGUACUUCAAGAAGAGGACAAUGUUCCAGAAGAUUGUGGACGAGUCUAAGAACUACACGGACAGGAAGAGCUGGGUGGAGUACCUGUCCCUGGACACAACACGGAAGGAGAUAGUCAUGGCCAUGAUGAUGACGGCCUGCGACCUGUCUGCCAUCACCAAGCCCUGGGAAGUCCAGAGCAAGGUCGCUCUGCUGGUGGCAGCUGAGUUCUGGGAGCAAGGUGACUUGGAAAGGACAGUUCUGGAUCAGCAGCCUAUUCCAAUGAUGGACCGAAACAAAGCAGCAGAGCUCCCCAAACUGCAGGUUGGCUUCAUCGACUUCGUGUGCACCUUUGUGUACAAGGAGUUUUCCCGCUUCCACGAGGAGAUCUUGCCCAUGUUAGAGCGACUGCAGAACAACAGGAAGGAGUGGAAGGCCCUGGCCGACGAGUACGAGGAGAAGGUGAAGGCCCUGGAGGAGGAGAAGAAGAAGCAGGAGGAGAGGACAGCAGCCAAGAAAGUGGGCACAGAAAUUUGCAAUGGUGGCCCAGCACCCCAGUCCUCAACCUGCUGCAUCCUGUGAGCCAUUCUGUGGGGUCUGAUGGCACCCCCAUCCUGCACACCCACUGGGACUCUGCUUCUAGCCACUUGGUACAAGAGGUUAGGAAGCCUAAGAAAAUGACUGAAGACAAUUUUGGAUACUUUGAA